AUGCCGUCCGAUGUGUCGAUGCACCCUUCUUCCCUGGCUCAGCAGCAUAGGUCCCAGAAGCAGUCAUCCAAACAACAGCAACAGCAACAACAGCAUCAGCUGAUCACCUCCGUUCACUCUGCUGCUGCAAAGACCACCUCCGGUGAUGAUGAUGAUGACAUCGAUACAUCGUCCAGUGAUGGAUCAAUUUACGAGCAGCGGUACCAUGCACUGCGAGCCGCUGGCUUCGAGCACGAGACUGCCAGCAAGUACGCGGCCAUGUACUCUUCAGUCACUGAAGUCAUCGAUAACAUCUUGUCACAGUCGCUGAUUCAACAGUUGGCCAUUGAGAAGGGCAACAACAACAGCAACGGCAGUGAUGCGAGUGCUGCUGCCUGCAAGGCGUCCGCCUUUGAGGCGCUCUUAUCAGGUGGCCAGCAUCACCACUUGGCGACGACGACGACCACGGCGGCGUUAGACAGCGCCAAUUUAAAGUCCAUUUAUGAUGCAGAGGCGUUGUGCAGCCUUCUCAGCCACAACGGUCGAGUGCAGCCGCAGCAUCAACAGCAAAGUGAGAAUGACUGUGGCAUCAUUCAGUGCCGCAGCACUGCAAACAACGCUGAUCUGAUGGGCGCUGAUAGGAGUGGAAGUGCAAACAAAAAUGGAGUCAAUCAGCUGUCAAUUAUGAGACACUUACAGGAAAAUGAUCAUUUGGAGAUUGCUGCUGAUAAGCGGAGUUCAGAGGGAACAGCUAACUACUUCAAGAAUGGCUCCUUUGUUGAAAUGACUGACUGUGCUGCUGCUGCUGGCCACUACCGCAAAGGCAGCCUCCACGAGCAGGAGUGCGAAGAGGCGCGACUGAGUGCUGAGCUCUUCGGACUGAACUUCUUCAGCAACCGCGAGUUGGACCAGCUAAAGUCAAUCAGUGAUCUGGUGAAGUCGCAUUCAUCAGUAGAUCAUAGUGAGCAGUACGGCAAGGAGGACAGCUACGGCAAAGCUAGGCCUUACUUCGAUGAAGACUGCCUGAAUGGGGCUUUCAAUCGCAACCUUCUGGUCACCGUGCUCAAGGACGGCCUCUUCGAUCCUGAUGAGGCCAACCUCGAGGAUGAAGGCGUCGGUGGAGAGCAGAACAUGGCUUCCACCGCCUCCUCAUCUGCCUCCCUCUCCUCCUCAGGGGCGUCGUCUCUUCUGCUCGAUUCCUCUUCUUCACCGUCGUCUUUCUCUUCCCUAUCCUCUUCAAUUUCCACCACUCCUCCUGAUGCGCUGAACUGCUUCGAGACAGGUGCCCUCGAGCCCUCUCUUGGUGGUAAUCCGCUGUUUGCCUUUCACCACAGUUCCUCAUCAAAGUUCAUUGAAGAAGGGAAGCUUUCAUACGGUGAUCUGCUGGCAGACAAGCAGAUGAACUCCUGUUCAGAGAUGCUCACUUGCAACGGCGAUGACAAGUUUGACGCUAUUGAUCUCACUCGAGAGGCAGUGAAUGGCACCUUAAAUGGCUUUGAUUCGGCUGCCUCCUAUGAGCAUGCAGGCUGUCCUCAUGACAUGAACAGUGGUGGCGGCCAUUCUGCCUCAGUGAGCUCCCAGAAGAACCACCACUUCCACCACUACCACUCUGACUACAAGUACGCAGGGGAGAACAUCUUUGCCUUCUCAGCAGGCAACAGCACCGACAGCAGCGAGCUGCUUUUUGAUGGUAAUGGUCCCAGUCAUCACCAGUCAUCUGCGAAUAGUCACCACUUUUCUGGUGGAUUUGAAAAGCUUCAUAAUAACCAUCAGUUUAGCCAGUCAGCCGAUGGCGCCCUUUCGGAAAACAUCUUUGUCAAACCACUGUCAAUGGAGGACUCGGAGUAUUCGCCCUUUGCUCCGACCGCUCGCCACAACUCACUGUUUGACUACAGUGAACAGCAGACAACAACUCAUGCCAGUGAUUCCUUUGGCUUUCCGCUGGACAAGCUAAACAAAUCUGGUGGGCAAGCUGCUGACCUGUUCGGCGAUUAUGCCUCAUUUCGACAUGAGGCUUUCUUUGGAUCACCGUCAACGAACGACUCCUCAGAGUUGCACUGUAGUACAAAUCAAUCUCAAUCUUCCUACUCGAAUGGCUUCCUCAACAGCCGAACCUUUGCCGACAUUGCCGCCUCUAAUGUGAUCUCAAGUGGAAACAAACUAGUGGACGAUGCUGAGAGCUGUCUCGGUGCCAUUGGAGACUGCAAGUCGCCCAAGUCGAACUCUCUGAGCUGUUCCAAUCUCAACAUAAACAAUCUCAACGCAGGCUACUUCAAUCUGUUCACCAACGGCGCCAAUGGCAACAAUCAUCUUCCUUCGGCUCAAAAUGUCACCAGCUUUUACGACCAGUCCACUGGUCAGACUUUGGCCAAGCAAAAGACAAAUUCUUUCUGCGGCCAGGCGAACAAUGCAUUUCACGCCUCACUAUCGCCCAUCAGCGGCAACUCCAACAAGAACAUGUACGGCAAUGGAACACUGAACAUGGGCGAGCAAAUGAACUUUUCUCAGCAAUCAUCCAUGCGAGCCAACCUGUCAAUGCUCAGCUCCGGUCUGAAUGGCAACAAUGGACAUGGUCAGAUUGGUCAGGCCACCGCUGACAUGAUCGGCCUCUCCUCCACCUCCUGUGACGGAAUGAUGGGCUCAGGGAUGGAUCACAAGCCAACGAACAUCAUGGCGUACAAGGGCCUGUGGGUGUGCAACAUCUCACCCGACGUGACGCUGGCCUACCUGAAGCGUCGCUUCCGCCGCUUCGGCCACUUCACCGGCAUUCAGACCUUUGAGCGGCGUGCCACCAAUGGCUCGAACAUCGUCUUCGUCCACUACGACAAUCCCUACUCGCCGGUGGAGGCCAUCGCCUGUCUUCACAACUACACCGGCCAGGACCUGUGCGCCGACCUGGUGGAGCCGCUGAAGCUGCGCUUUGCGCCCAGCAUGGAACAGUCCCGGGCUGGUCAGCUGCCCACCCUGGAGCAGGCGCGGAAGCUGGUGGAGCGGCACGGAGAGUGCUUCAACUGGCGCCUCUCUUCCGGCUGCCACCGAGGCAUUCGCUGUCAGCUGAAGCACGUGCCCAUCAACAAGGAGAUCGACUCUCAGCCAUGGGUCAAAGCCUUAAAGAAAAAGAACUCAGACAUGUGA